AUGACAAGCGGACGAUGCCAAAAAUUGGUCACCACCAUUCUUACAUUGACUGUAGUACCCAAUACUGAGAUAGACGUUCAAUAUUCGAUACACCGUAAGAAAAAUGCUUGUACUACUCAGAUGCUGAUAUCUCGAAAGAGCAGCUUCCGAUGCGAUUUGGAUGGCACGUUGCAGACUGUCAAUAUAUCAAGGAAGGGAGUUCUCUCCGCAGGCGCCCUCAAUACUCCCUUCAUCCUAAAGCACUCCGGACUCGGGCCCAAGGAGGAGCUGGAGAAAUACAACAUCUCGGUUGUUAAGGACUUGCCUGGUGUUGGUGAAAACUUCCAUGAUCAUCCGACCUUCCCUGUAACCUUCACCUUGAACGACCCCGACGAGUUCGACAACAGCUGGGCUGCUGCUGCUGAGUACCUCACGUUCCGGACCGGACCUUUGUCGUCCACUGGACUGACUCAGGUUGUCGGUGUCUUGGCGAACAACGAUACCACCGAUGAAUGGCCGAAUGUACAGCUUAAUCCUGCUGGUUACCAGUCAGGCUGCGCUCCCGGUGAAGUCGACGCCCUUAAAAGCUCAGGACAACGUAGCGUGAGCAUAUCCGUUGCGUGGCAGCACCCUGUCAGCAGAGGAAACAUUACCCUGGCUUCGGGUAAUGUCACUGAAAAGCCCAUCUUCUGGGGAAAUUUCCUCGGUGAGCAGGAAGAUGUUGAUGGUUUGGUCAGUGGUAUCAACUUGGCUUUGAAGUUGGCUGACACUGACGCCAUGAAGGCCUGGAAUCUGACUUUGUCCACCACGACACUUUCUGGGUGCGCAGACUACGAUUACCCUAGUGACGACUAUUGGGCUUGCGCUGUCAAGUACGACACUGCUUUCGGUCAUCAUUACUGUGGUACCGCCAAGAUGGGCAAUUCUUCAGAUUCCAUGGCAGUCGUCGACCCUCAGCUACGCGUUUUUGGAAUCAGCGGACUUCGCGUUGCCGACGCAUCAGUCUUUCCACAAGUUACAUCAAACAACAUUGCGGUACCGGUAAUGAUGGUUGGAGAGCGAGCUGCCGAUUUCAUCAAGAAAGCCUGGGCCUGAUAAUAUUCGCCAUGGCAUAGAG